AUUAGCAUAAUUCCAGGAAGUUAUUUUUAGGUCGACUGUUUCCUGCACUAACUCCACCGUCUACCCUUCUUUGUAUUUGUCGCGCUUAUACUUUGAUUAAAACUUGGUUUAAAACGAUCAUUUAUUCACUUGUAUUCAGGUUUCUGUAGGAUCAAACGCGGAACAUGAGUUUCUUGUACCUUAGAGGUGCUGUGUUUUUCACCUUUAUACCUGUUGUGCUGAAUCUGCGAGUUCUGGAUGAUGGACUCUCUCUAAACUGUACACAAAAAGAAGUUCCAUGUAAAGCAAACAUUAAUAACUGCAUAUAUGAUGGCUGUCUCAAGCCUUCGGAUUUCACACCUAGUGGGCCAGAUGAUUUAACAGUGCGUAUUGAUGUAAGAAAUAAUACAAAAGGUGAUCCGGAGCCCGUGAUUGUGGCAGAAUGGAAAGCAAAGGAUGAUGGAAGUAUACAGUUUUUGAAAGGAACAGAGUUUAGUGUGAUGAAGUCAUCUACCAAUGAACACCUGUGUGUACAUUACAUGUUCCUCCAACAUUUUGAGACCAUGAGAAAAAGUAAUGGUGAAAAAUGGUCUUUUUCUCUGGAUAAAGUUGUGGUAGAUCCAGGCAGCAUGUAUGUUGUGACUGUCUCUAACAUUCCCAAGCCAAAUAAACAGGAUACCAGUUACAACAUCGUCAAAAGUGUUGUUGUUCCAGGUUGUGAAGAUCCUUUGAUGCAACAGACCAACAUCUGUUUGGAGAGCGGAGAUACAUGGCAACCCGAUAUUACCUUGGAGAAGUCCACGGAUUGUUGCAAGAAGAACUCUGUAUUUUGGAUCAUUUGUGUUGGUAUUUGCCUUCUAAUUUUUGGCAUCGGCUUUUGUGGCAUUUAUUUGUGCUGCAGGAAACCAAAGAAAGGUCAAGAAAUGCCAGUAAAGGCCCCUCUCGAGCAGCCUGUACCAAGUGGCCCUCGAUCUGUACUGAUUAUCUACUCCAGAGAUCACCCCCUGUACGCAGACAUAGUGCUGAAGCUCUGUGCCUUCCUGCGAGCCAAAUGUGGUACUGAGGUUGUGUUAGACAUACUUGACACUGCUUGGCUUGGCACCAUUGGCCAGCUACCAUGGAUUGAACAACAAAAGCGACGUAUUGAGCAGUCUUCAGACAAGAUCCUGGUCCUCUGCUCCCGAGGAGUGCAGGCCAAGUGGAGGGCAAUCUGUGGCGACCCUCCCGUCCUCCUACGAGAAGAUGUUUGCUCUCCGGAGGGUGAUAUGCUAACCCUCGCCCUUCAGCUGAUUACACCUGAUAUGCAGCGUCCAGCUUCCUAUGGAAAGUAUUUGGUUGCAUACUUUGAUGACAUAAGCAGCGAAGGUGAUGUGCCAUCUCUGUUUGACAUUGCAGUCAAGUACAAGCUGAUGAAGUAUUUCGAAGAGCUCUACUUCCGUAUCCUUGAUAUGGAGAAAUAUCAACAGGGGAUGGUGCAUUGUAUUAAAGCCAUCGGCGAGGAUGAGUACUUCAGUUGCCCCACAGGCAAAGCCUUGAGGGAUGCAAUAGAAACCUUCCAGGCCUACCAAAUUGAAACUCCAGACUGGUUUGAGAGUGAGUGUGUAAACAGCGAAGUGGAGGUGAGAGGAGAAACCAGCACACUUCUUGGCAUUUCAAUACCGCCAAUCUAUAAGUUACAACCGUUGUGUAAUAGUGGAUUUCCAAUCCUUGUGAAUAGGGUGGAAAUCCAUCAAGAGCCCCAGAGUGUUUGUGCCGUAAUUCCCCAAAUUCGAGUCAUGUCCGAAGAGUCGUCUGUGAUGAUUAUUAAACCCAGGGUCCAACCAGAGCACAGCUCAGUACUUUCUUUUCACCCAACAGUAAAACCCCCUCCUGAAAUACCCAUAGUUGGUAUGAUCCCAGUAGGCCUAGAAAGCUACCCUUGUCUGCUUGCUGAACCUGUACCCGUGCAAUCCUCACAUCCUCCAGUUGAAUCAAGAUGGAAUGAAAUGUUUCUAAUGGGAGAACCGUCAGAUAAUUGUCUGACAACAAGCAAUGAAGGCCAGACUCAAGUGUCCUUUGCCAUGCCUUCUGAAAAUGCUCUCCAGCAGCUGUUGGCCCUGCAACGUUUUUUAACUGCUUUUGAGAUCCCAGCACCUCCACCAUCAAUGGAGGAUAGCUUCCAUCUAGACCAGGAGAUGGACAUGUCCCAGCCAGUGGAGAUGGAGGAAAAUGAAAUGGAGGGAGCCUCUGAGACAAGACCAUCACGAGGGUCAGAUCAGGGAUACAGUUCCAGGUAUUCCAAUGUAAGGGAAGAGCCCCAAGUCUCCAUUGUGCCCAAAAAGGAAGAACUCUACAUAAACGGCCCAAUUUCUUAAGGUUUCUGCAUCCAAACAAUGGAAAAUGGAUUUUGACUGUGCCUUACCAGAAAGAUUAAAAAAAAAGAAAGACAUUUCUGUUGAUAAGCAUUUAUUUUUUUGCUCGGGAACAGCUGGUCCACAAGCCAGACCAGGGCCAAAUCAGCCUGAACCAUCAUGGAAAUCCAUGAUUUUCUGAGCAGGUCUUUUCAGCAGGCUGUUGUCUGAUUUGCAAUGUGCCAUAGCAUUCAAAGCAUGGCAGAAUGUUCUCGUACAAUCCAUGGUUAGUUGAAGUCAUCCCCACUUAGACAUUUAAACUAUUGCUAUGCCAAUGUUACAGGAGACAGUUGUCAACAUCAAACAGACCAACUGAAUAAUAUUCCAGACAUGAUUAUGAGGUAAAUAGUCAACUGUUUAAUAAAUGAGUUAAAGGAACAAUGUUAACCAAUUCUGCCAUCAGAUAUGCAACCUUGCAGCUUUAUAAUAACCUGAAGAACAGGUAUGUGUGUGCCAAUACGUACUUCAAACAACAAUUUUUGAUAAGUCAAUGUAUAUAUCACAUCUGAUUAGACAUUAGCACAAGGGUGUGAUCAGUUCACUUUUACAGUGGAUAAGAACAAGUACCUUGUCAAACAGCUUGAUAUAGAACAACACAGCACACAAUUUUUAAGCUGAUGUUUAGCUACUGAACACAAGUCAAAGUAAUUUGGUUGGGCUGGUAAUGUAAAUGUUUUUUUUAUGUGUUGUAACAUAUUGCACUAGAUUUGUUUUUUGUAUUUAUAGUUUAUUACAUAGUAUCAUCUAUCAUAAUAACCCUCUACUGUAUCUGCUUUAUAUGUAACAUUAUGAGUACAUUUCUUAAUUCAUAAAGCAGCAUUCUUUGGUAAUCAUCUGUCAUGUGCUUUUUACUAUAAUUUUCAGUAAAUCUCAGUCCAAUAGGAAUUAC